AUGGGUUACGUUUGGACCGAGGAUGAGGUCAAGGCCUAUGACCUCUUCUACGAGCAUGUGACAUCCAUGAACCAUGCUAUUGGCGUCACUUUUACCACCACUCACGAGUUUGCUCGAGAUGUAUUGCCGCCCUGUUUUGACGUCCCCAAUCCCCCGACCGGCACAGUCUACAUAUGCACCAACGUGGAGGAAAUCGAUGGCGAACGCACUGGAGAGGACGAGGAAGCUGGCGUGCUCUCCUUGGAUGUCAUCCACAAUGGAACACCCGGAAGCUACACGCUCUCCGUUUUCGUCAAUCGCGACCAGUCUCUUGCCACAGGCCGUGAGGUUUGGUCCAUGCCCAAGAAGCUCGGCGAGAUUCAUUUGAUGGGCAACCACCACAAGGUCUGUGGUACGGCUCAGCGCAAGGGCGCUCGCAUGCAGGUUGACGCUGUCCUCGGCGACCCGGAGUUCACUACUUCUCCGGAACCCAAGCUGUCGACCUUCUUCGAGAUCAAAGCCCUCAUGCGUGCCUCCGGUGGUUUCCAGACCGAUCCUGUCCUGGUCGAGUUUGAGGUCACCCAGCGCACCUACAGCUCCCAGGAGGCGAUGCAGGGCCAGACCUCGUUGAUUCUCCUUGGAACGGAGGAUGACCCCUUGCACACAGUCCCUGUGAAGGAGGUCAACUCAGGCUGGACCUCUGGAUAUGGAAUGAACACUCGGCUCGUCAGGGAAAUCCCUCUGGACCCAUCUGUGGACUACAGACCUUACGUCUACGGGCGAUUCUUUGAUAACUGGCCCGGGGCGUCAGCGAGAGCGAAGGCGGAAAAGCUCGCCAUUGCAAAGACCUGCUAG